AUGGAGAGUCCAAGCACGCCGAGCAGUAGUGCAAUAUUUAUCAAGAAAGUGAUUGAUUUUCGACCGAAGGGUCAAAUCACUCAUUUAUGUUCGAGCAAUGGUGAAAUGUUGCUGGUAAUCGAUGCACGGCAACUUUUUCAUUAUCCACUUCAAAAUAUUAGCAGGCAAAUAGAUGUUAUUUUGCCGUUAUUAAUACAUGAUCGUAUUGCCUAUAUUCAUCUCAGCCCUAAUGGUCGUCAUGCAAUCAUAAGUACAACUGGUGCCGAUAAUUUUUACUUGAAUUUGAAACAUGAUUCAGCGAAACAAAUAAAAAAGUUGAAAGGACAUGUGGUAAGUUCCAUAGGUUGGAAUAUGGAAAUUUCAACAGACAACGAAACAGGUUUCAUCGUCUUGGGUACUACGAAAGGUUGUCUGUUUGAAUCAUCUGUUAUUUCAAAUGGAACAGUUGCUUAUGUUCGUGAACUGACCAAUAAUUUAAGCGGAGUAAAAGAUUUGUCGGUGACCGGAAUUGAGAUGUGUCAAUGUGAGGAUGAAAACCAAAGGUCAAGAUGGGCUCUAUUUGUAUGCCUUCCCGGAAGAUUGUAUUGUUUGAGCGGACAAAUCAAUACGAAGCAUGAUGUUAUUGGAGUACAGCCAGUUGUGAGCACAAUUUGGAGCUCUGCUUUUGCUGAACAUAAUCCUGCUGUUUUACAACCUUUAUUUGCAUCAAAAGCACCGCUUCGUUUUCAUUCUAUGGAUGAUGGACAACGAAAUUUGCCGAGCACUUUUGUUGUUUAUCCAAAAGUGAGCAAUGAACUACCCACUACAUUUUGUUGGGUCGGUGCUGAUGGCUACACAUUAGGACGAAUAGAUUUAACAGUUUCAGAAGCAUAUGACAUGAUUGUUGAAGAAACACAUAUACAACAUCAAUUGAUAGAUGGACGUUACAGUUAUCCUUUGGAUGUUGCAUUAACAGAAUAUAACGUUUUGCUGUUGUAUAGUAAUCGUAUUGAAGCUAUUUCAUUACUCAAUCAGAAGCUAAUGUUUGAUGAUAUGAUUGGAACGGAAUCUGGCCAAGUAAAAGGAAUGUGCCGUGAUGCUGUAUCCGAAAUGAUUUGGGUAUAUACUGACGCUACUGUGUGGAAGUAUCGGCCAAAUGAAGAAUUCAGAGAUAUUUGGCAGAUCUAUUUGGAACGUGGUGAGUACGGUAAAGCACGAGCUAUCACAAAUAAGUUGAGCAAUCCAGCACCACAUCAGCUAGUUAUUAAGAAGGAAGCCGAAAAAUACAUUGCAGAAAAAAAUUUCACAGCUGCUGCGGAAAUUCUUACAGAAUCAACCGAUCCUUUUGAAGUUAUAUUGCUUAAAUUUUUAUCAACUAAGGAGGAUCGGCGUAAUGGUCUCAAACGUUUCUUGGAACUGAAAUUAAAGUCGAUAUCAAAUACAGAGGAUAAGAUACAACGAGAUGCUUUGGUUUUAUGGUUAUUGGAAGUGCAAUUGACAGAAUUCGCAGAGUUACGUCAAAAUGAAAAGCGAGUACAACUGGAAGGAACAGAGAUAGGAAGGGAAGAAAUAACCAUUGAACAGCAAAUCAAAAACAUGCGUCAACAAAUUGAACUCUUUCUUGCUCGUUCUGUUGUUUUGGCAACGGUGGAGGUAAAUCGUGACGCAGUCUAUCAUUUAAUCACUUCACAUGCACAUUUUGAUAUUCAGCUUUAUCUUGCUCAAAAACUGAAAGAUUAUGCGACGAUUGUAAAUGUUUAUUUGCUACAAUCUGACUAUGAAAAAGUUUUGGAAGUGAUACGAAAACAGCACAAUUUGGAAUUUUAUUAUAAGCACUCUCCAACAUUAAUCGAGAAAAUACCAUCCGAACUAAUAUCAGCUUGGAUCGAAGAAGGUAAGGCACUUGUGUCAGAUCGCCUAUUGCCAGCGCUGUAUCGUUGUCAGGAUGUAUCGAAAACGAAAAUGGUCACGGCUGCUCUGAAAUAUCUCACUUUCGUAAUAAAUGAGAAUUGGGCGACCCAAUCAAUGCAUAAUUUUAUGAUAACGUUGUGUGCUGAAUUCAAGCCAGAAGAGCUAUUGAAUUAUUUUGAAAAAUAUGGUUAUGAUAGAAAUUUAGUGCCAUAUGAUGUCGAAUAUGCCCUAAGAGUUUGUAUCGAAAAGCAAGCACUGAAGCGAUGUUGUGUUUUUAUGUAUUGCGUUGGGGAACUGUACGACGAAGCUGUUUCUCUUGCCUUAACGAUCGAUGUUGAAUUGGCGAAAAGUUGUGCGAAGCAAAUGAUGAAACCUAAUGAAAAUGAGUGUGAUUUUUUGCUACCUAGCUCAGCGAAGCCUAAAUUCUCGACGGACAUGCAACGAAGGAUUUGGCUCCAAAUAGCUCGACAUGUAAUUGAGAAGCAGAAAGAUAUAGCUGCAUGCGUAAGCCUGCUGAAGGAAUCGGACAACACUAUCAAGAUACAGGACUUACUACCAUUCUUCCCAGAAUUCACAACCAUCGAGUAUUUUAAAGGACCAUUAUGUGAAUGUCUAAAGGAGCACUCUGGAAAAAUCAAGCAACUGCAAUUGGAAAUGAAGAAUGCAACAGAAAUGGCACAGCGAGUUCGCAGUGAUAUGGAAAAAGCGAAGAAUAAGUACCAAUUUUUUGUGUCUCUGAAACUUAGACCUCAUACUCUUUAA